GGUACGAAAGUGAACAGCAGUAUCUUUUCGCUGAGUUGUGUAUUCUAUUCGCUUUGAUCUUGAUCGUCAUCGCGUUUGAACGGGUUGAGGAGUUCAUCGAUCAUCACAGCAAGAAAAGCCAUCAAGCGAACGGUGCGGGAAAGGAAAGUCACAGCGCGUUGGGUGGGCAUCACGGUGCUGUAGUUGGUGGUUCUGGCGGAGGGGAAAGCUUAACGAGUGGAAGUAAACUGGACGGAGCAGGCAGUGUUAAUAUGGUUUUCGUUGCGAUUGAAUUUUUUUGCAAGGAUAUAUAGUUAUAGGCACGGUGUGCGUACUAUCUUGUAGUUUCUAGUCAUUUCUCAUCAUAUCAUCAGCAGAAAGGUGGAUAUCGAAGUGCGAAGGUAGUGGUCUUCACCAGUAUGGCGGAAGGCAUCAGUUGCCAUUCGGAGCUGCAGUUGUAACAACACCAGCAAACGAUAGAGGAAGAGGCACGCACGCGCACCAGCAGAUACAAACUUCGGCAAUUCUUGUAAAGGAAGACAAAGAAGAAGAUCCUUCAAAGCCAUUUGGCAAGCAGUCGCGAAGUGUCUCCUUUGGACGAAGCAGCUCCUUGGGCGCUCUAUCGGGUACAACGCGAACAGGGAGUACCCGAUCUGGAUCGAGCUUUAAUCGACCUUUGGCGAGCGGAGAUAGCUUUCGGGAUCUACGCACGCUUGACAAGGAUCAACACGGUGAUGUUAACCAACAACAUGCUGAUUGCAACUACAACAAUCAUAGAACAACACUUCAGGAACAGUUGCAAUGCUCACGAAGUGGAAAUAGCAGAAAUAACCUCGUGGAUCACGAGCAUGACCAACUACCACGUCGUCUGUUUACACGCGGUAGCAGUUUCUCUACACCAAGCGCGACAACUUCGCGUUGUUCUAGUGGUAGAAAACGCCUAUUCAACCUCCGUAGUUCGCUGAAGUACGGUUUUUUAACUCGGGGUUUGUCGAGUUCACCCGAGGGCUCCUCUUGUUCAAGGCUGAACGAAGACGAAGAUGAUGACUCAACAUCUUCUGAGUCAUCUUCCAAUCGAUCGCGUCGAAGGAAAAAACACCACAGGGGUAACGGCUUCGGUGAACAUGCAGCACAAGACUCUAGCUCUGAGGAUGAAGACAACGAAGACCUCUACAUCUUCAACAAGUCAAGCAGGACAAGGAAAAACUCUACCACAUCGAGUAGACGUAGUAUGCGCGAGUGGACAUCGAGCAUUCGACAGCAACUGUUCUCGAGCAGGAAGUGGAGAACGAAAACAGCAGUGGAUGCCAGUGGAAGCUUGUGCGGAGGUCCCGGUCUGUCGUCGUCGUCUCGAAAGGUUACGGUGGUCAAGUACUUAGUACUACUAGACAGUAAUUCUACUCAUUCUUCACAAUGAAGAUGAAACUGCUUUUUCUACUCAUACUUCAUGGCUUUUCUUCUAUCUCUAAUGCCAACUUCAAGACACCAUUCGCAUUCGCUGGAGCCUCUUCCUCUUCCGAGAAAAACUAUGAGCGGAAGCCGUCCUCUGGAUCUCAGAGUAGUACGAGAACAAGAAAAAGGUGGUCGAAGAGGAGGAAAAGACGGCGCAGGAAAGAGAGUAGCAAGGAUCGCGAUCGCAUAGACAGAUGGAAAAACUACAAUGUGAAUUUGUAUUAAGGCUAGAAUCGACACGAGGUGUUGGGAGCAGUGUCUUUUCUUGAAAAGGCUAUCAGUGUUCCUCCAAUGUCCUAGCGUACAAACUGAACACCACUGUUCUAAUCCUUUGGCGUCGUCGACAACGUCUCUGGCUGCACGGAUCGCGAAGUCGGCAAGGAGUUCUACUAUAGCAAACUCUUAUCCCGGACGAAGGUGGAGCUCACAGUGCUAGGUUUCAUCGCCAUGCUCAUAUGGAGCGUCCGACAGUGUGGUGCUUUCAACUACAAAACUAGCACGAAUAAACCGCCAGCUACUAUGGUGCCUGAAGAUGUUGAUGUUUCUUCUAUGUCUAUCGGUAGCGACGCAUCUGGGACAAUGGACGACAGCGCGACCACAGCAACUCCAGCAGCAUACCUCUUUACGGCAACAUACAGGAGCAACUGGAUGUUCCCGGCUAAUGGUACUGACCUUGCCUUCCAGCACCAUCAGCACGUCCGCGCCAUUCUCAACUGAAGGAUCACCUAUUCAUUCAUAUCAGCUGAAAAAAAGUUCUGGUAGUCUGUAGUAUGCAUGCAUGCGAGUAACCUCCAAGUACGUAGUGUCCUCGUACUGGUCCCGUUUACAUGAAGCAAGCUACAACUUGUAUCUGAAACAAUGACGGACUUCACAGGUGACGACCUCCUCCAUACGAUCGAAGACGUUCAUAUGGAAAUGUUCCUCGCGAUGAUCUUUUACUUCGGCAGCAUUUUCAACUUGGUUUACGUCACCAACCGUGACAUCCUGCAGAAUUUUGAAGAUGGGGAGUUUACAGAGCUGCUUCAGGGUACUGGCGAAACGGUCUUGCAGUGCUCGGAUGAGGAAAAGAAGAAGCAUGAACUCUAUAGCAAGUGCAAGGACUACGUUCUGUACCAUACGGAGAGUGUCUAUGGCAUUCACGUGCUGAGCAAGGAAAACGUGUACCUGGAGAAAUACUUUCAGCGGGUGAUCCAUGAAAUGAUAACGCAACUAGUGGAGUUCGGCUUUCGCUGCUGGGUUUUAGUCCUGGAAGGCACCGCGCUUUUCUUGCUUCUUAUCUAUUUCGACGUCAGUCGAUGGUGGUUGAUGGGCAGUGUUUUCUUCGUACUAGUAACUUUGUUAGGGUAUCUACAUUUCUUCGUCGGGAAGCCUGGAUGGGAAAAAAUUGCUACCUUUUCGAGGUCAGGGACUACUCUGGCUGGACCGUUGAGGCAUCAACCAUCAGCAACACUUCAGGAUAACAACCAUAGUACUCAGCCUCCACCAGCAAAUAAACCUCUCCAUCAGCCAACACUUCUAGCAACGAAACCACUUCCCGCAUCGCGACCAUUAGCCAUGUUAGAAGUUGCUGAAGCACAGAGACAAAGAAGCCCGUCGAGUUCCUUGCUCUCUUUCAAAUUAAGGGUAGGCUAAAGGAGUUUUUGUUACCGUUUGUUAUGGCUCUCCUAGGGGAGACAGGCAUAACAAACGGGAUAAGCGAACACCAAGAGCCUACCUCUAAUCAAAGUAGAAGCAAGCCUCAACAAGGUGGAUGGUGCCCACCUAGUAAGAUCUCCGAUCUUAGCGGGCUGUGUGCAGGCAGCGCCAGUAGUGAAAGUAGACAAAGAACAAGUCUUCCCUGAACAAGCUCAUCCUCAGCCUCAAGCUUCUAGUACUGCUACGACUAGUAAGAAGGAACAAAUUGCAAAUACAGAUGUUCCAGCAAUCCCCGGCGGUAUUGCUUCUCCAGAGAAGAAAGCAACUGCUGGCGCAUCUUCUCCAGAGUCCAAUGCCAAUUCUUUACCCUCUUGGAAAAAGAUGAGUAUCCUUAGAUCACCCACAGCAGCUAAGAUCGUGAACGCUAUCACCUCCCCUCCUCGAGAAAUGCGCCGCGCGAUAACGACGCACUAUCUCCAAAAGAUGAAGCAGCAGAGCAAAACCCGUGUAACUUUGGAUCUUGAGUUAAGGCCCGCAGACAUAGUAACUCAUCGAGCUUCAGCGAUGAUUUCUCUCCGGUUCAUUCUGAACAUAAUCGUCAUUGUAUGUGGGUAGAAUUAGAAUGAGAUGAGCAAUCACUUCGAGCGCUAAUAUAACGAGUGAACCAUCGCAGUUCGUUUGCUAUGUGGCUGAAGAAAUUUCACGAACUUUAUUCAACCGAAACUAUCACAGUGCGGCUUAUCCAGGCGUUGCAAUUUUUCCUCUGCUAUGCGUGCACGCGGGGUCUCUGUAGUCGGCGAACCUGGAGUAGCUACGAUUAUGACUGGGACUUGGAGGCAUUUUUAAGGCUGCAAGAAGAAAUCCACCUUCCCCAACAUCUUUGGUGGCAGUUCUAACAUUUUUUGAAGGAGGCAAAUCAUCUUCCUCCGCCAGUGGAGGCCUAG